AGUUACAUAUUGAAAUUAUUUUCUUUUCCAUACUUUAGAAAAUGACGUAAAUUCACAUUCAUUAUUCAAUUCAUAUUUGCACACCCAGAUAAACAUUAUAAAUAGGCUAGUCUCCAUCUAUUUUUGGAAAUUGAAACAACAAGAUCUCCAAAAAAAAAAAAAUGUUUCAAAGUUUUGUGUAUGAAGAGCCAAAUCCAAUCAUCACAGUAAUAACUGUGGUGACUUUUUCGUUUUUAGCUUAUUUGGGUAUCUCUGAAAUAUGUGGGAAGCAUUUGCAGUACUCUAAAUUUUGGAAUGUGAAUGCAAGUGCUGGUUCUUCUACUAGUAGUAAUUUUUUGCAGGGAAAAUUGUCUAGUAGAAUUGGGAUGUUUGUACUAUAUGCACCAGCUUGUGUUAUGGGUUUUGCUUCAUUUUUGAUGUACCCUGAUGGUGGAACUAGGUUUAUGAUGGUUAAAUCUGUUGUUACUGUCCAUUUCUUGAAAAGGGUUCUUGAGGUUCUGUUUGUUCACAAAUACAGUGGUGGGAUGAUUCUUGGUUCGGCGCUCCUUAUUUCAUCCUCCUAUUUUAUGUUUGCUGCAGUCAUGGUUUAUAUCCAACACUUAACUCUAGGAUAUCAGGAGCCAGAAGUUGAUCUGAAGUAUAUCGGUUUACUGAUAUUCUUAGUCGGAAUCUGUGGCAACUUUUAUCAUCAUUACCUCCUUUCCAAGCUCCGAGACAGUAAAGAGAAGGGCUAUAAAAUCCCCCGAGGCGGCCUUUUCAGUGUGGUCAUAUGCCCUCAUUAUCUUUUCGAGAUUAUUGGCUUUGUAGGGAUUUCGUUCAUCUCCCAGACAUCGUUUUCGUUUUAUUGUGCUUUGGGUGUAGCUUUAUAUCUGAUGGGAAGAAGCUAUGUUACUAGGAAAUGGUACCUUUCUAAAUUUGAGAAUUUUCCUAAGAAUGUAAAGGCUCUGAUUCCUUUUGUUUUCUAGAAAAUACAGUUUGAAAGUGCUUUUUGUAAGAAUUUGUUGAUCUGUUUGAAAAAUGUUGUACUUCGUCUCUUUGUGAAUACAUUUUGGAAGUCUUUUUUGAAAUUAAA